UCUUAGGGUGCAUAUGUUUAUGGUAUUACAAUAAUUUUCAAAAGAUGUAAGAUACAGUGUACUUCAGAAGCUAGUGAUUACUAAAGACAUGCCAGGUCUUAUGAUUUUCCGAAGAAGAACCUGCGAAUUGAAAAUUUUACUGUAGCAAAGACAUGGGCACAACAAAUUCGACUUUAUCCUCAGACUUCAGUGUGAACAUAAGUAACAUUAUAAGAUUAUUCAUAGUCACACAGAUUGAGCUUCCAAACAUACUCCGGGAAUUGCUUUUUGUGAAAGUGCCACCCACGUCUCUAGAAGGCCUGAUUCAUAAGAAUGUUUACCUAUCCUCACUGAGAGCCUUUGAAUUAGGUGUCAUAGCAACUGUCCGAACAAAACAAUAUGCUGAUUUUGAUGUUGCUCUGAUGUACAAGAUAAUAAGAAAUUUGGAGUUAGUAAAAGAGCCAACACAAGGCUGGGAUAAAAAUCCACCAACUCCGACAGAAACUACAAUUGGAGAUGAUGUUGAACGUAUCAGGCGUAGCCGGAAUGAUUUUGCACAUAAUGUGAAUUCAAAUAUAUCAGACAUAGAACUAAAUAAUAGGUUCUCAUUGUUCAUAGACAUUGCAAGUAGACUUGAGGUAUACAUGAAUAAACAUAAUAGAGAAUAUGUGUCAAAAAUCGAAAAAGUUAAAGUUUGCUGCAUAGACCCGGAAACAGAACAAAUGUACCUUCGACAAUUGGAAAUUUUGAUUGAAAGAGAAACAAUAAUGCAAUCAAAUAUGUCUGCGGUUAGUAAUAGUGUUGAUGAGCUGCGUCACCAAAGUAACAUUAAUGAACUGGGUUUAUCUGGUUUGAAAACAAAACUUAGUACUUUGCAAACUGAACAGGAAGAAGCCAUUCCUAAGAAUGUAAGAGAUCAAUUGAACAAAAAUACAGAAGAGUGGAAAAUUAAGGACAUCAAAUUUGUACCUACAAGAGCAAGCGAGUAUGUAUCAGAUCAGCUGAAUAAAAAGAGCUGCGUUACAUUGACCGGAAGUCCAGGCAUGGGGAAAACAUUCCUAGCUCGACACAUCGCCCUUGAUUUCCAAUUAGAAGGUUAUAUGAUUGUUCCAGUUCUCACACCAACAGAUAUAAGGGACUAUUAUUUACCCGGAAAACAAACUAUUUUUGUUGUCGAUGAUGUUUGUGGUAAAUUUAUUGCAAACCAAUCACAGCUUGAGAUUUGGCAACAAAUGUUACCGAAAAUUGAACAAAUUCUUGCAGAUGACUCUUGCAAAAUUAUUGCAACUUGUAGAUUACAAGUUUAUAGGGAUGAUAAAAUAAAUUUAUUGGAGCCUUUUAAGAUAUGUGAAUGCAAUCUUAACUCAAAAGAAAUGUGUCUUACACAAUCAGAGAAAAUAAAAAUUAAAGAAAAGUACUUUGGUAACAGAAACUUAGACGACAUUGCACAAGCAAGUGAUUUUUUCCCCCUGUUAUGUUCCCUACAAUGGCUUCCUGAAGAAGAGGGAAUUGAUGUAAGCAACUUGUUCAAAAGUCCGUUCGAAUUUUAUAAGAAGGAAUUGGACAAUCUUUAUAGGUGUGGUGAUGACGGCAAGAAAAAAAUAUGUAGUCUUGUUUUAUGUGUACUUUUCAAUAAUUUUCUGGAGAUUAAAUGGUUCGACGGACGAGUCACAGAUGAACAGCGACAAGUUUUAGACGAUGUAUUUAUGGCUUGCAGAUUGAAUACAGGUACACCAAAGACUGAACUUAUGGAUGCAUUAGAUACUUUAGAUGGUUCACUAGUUUCUAAAGGAAAUUUAACAUACAGUACCAUCCAUGACAAAAUAUUUGAUUUUUUGGCUCAUUACUUCGGAGGAACAAUGAUUCAGUGUUUGAUAAAUCAUUCGCAUCACAAUCUCAUAAAUGAACGGUUUAAGUGGAAAAAUUCGAAAAACAUUAGUACAAACGAAUUCGCUAUAGCACUAACUGAUGAAAGCUUGAAGUGGUAUUUGGACAGAUUAGUGAAUGACUGGUCACAUGGCAAAGUAUCAACCGUUAUUGCCAACUCAAAUAUGAAUGAUGAAUCGUUUAGAUAUAAAUUCAUAUCUUUCGUUAAGGAACUAAAAAAGACACAGCAAGAGAAACUCGCCAACACACGGGAUACUCUUCAAAAAAAAGAAUGGAGUACUUCAGGAAGCUAUCCGAUAAUAAAUGCAAGUUUUGAAGGUUAUAUUGAUAUUGUUCGUUGGCUGUUAGACAAUGCCGUGGACGUGAAUCAAUGUAGAGAUGAUGGCAAUACUUCUCUCUAUAUGGCUUGUCAUAACGGUCAUAAAGAUAUUGUUUCCCUGUUGUUAAAGAAGAACCAUUUUAUCAACGUGUUCAAUGAAAUAAGAGUUACCCCUCUUUUUAUUGCAUGCGAGAAAGGUUAUACCGAAAUAGUGGAAGCAUUAUUGAAACAUAAUGCCGAUGUCAAUAUUAAUAUGAUAGAUGGUGACAUUAAUUUAUCUCCGCUUUUUCAAGCUACUUCGAAGGGUCAUUAUGACAUCAUGAAAAAGCUCUUAGAGAAAAACGCAGACGUGAAUACUUAUGAUACAUAUGGUUCCACUCCUCUUUUACUCGCAUGUGAAAGAGGGAAUAUGGAAAUGGUUCGUUUAUUGAUAAGUAAUAAAGCAAAUGUAGAAAUGAGAACGUACAUUGGUGCUAGCGCCAUAACCGUCGCUUCAGCAAAUGGAAAUAUUGAAAUCACUCGGUUUCUUUUAGAAUCCAACGCUGACGUCAAUUCAUGUAUUCACAGAAAGGAGUUAAUUUCAUUUAAAGCGAUGAUUCGUCCUUCGAAAACAUUAGAAAACUUAAAGGAGAACAUAUUCAACUUUGUCCUUGAAAAGGGAAAGCCUCGUGUUCAACAGUAUGUACGCUUGAAGUCAAAAGAGUAUGUCUUUGAUAUCAUGGCUGGCUCAUCUCCAUUGCAUAUUGCUUGCUGUUUGGGUCAUUUUGAAAUAGUUGAAUGUCUUUUGCAAUAUAAUGCCUCUGUUAAUCUUACAAAAGCAGAUGGAACAACACCACUGUUUUAUGCAUGCCAACUAGGAUAUGAUAGUAUUGUACGUUUACUAUUAGAUAAAGGAGCAGAUACCAAGUUAUGCAGAGAUGAUGGAAAAUCGCCACACGCAUUGGCAAGAGAAAAUGGUUAUACGUAUAUAGAGAAGAAGUUGCGCAAGCAUUCCAAGUCAAACAAAUCAUUAACACAAUAGCCUUGUUAGUCUGCCAUUGUAAUUGGAAACUGAUGUAUACUUAAGGAAUAACCAGUUGAACAUAUUGAGGCAAUACAUAUGUAAUCAAAUGAUAAUAGGGAAAUUGCAAAUAGUUAUUUGAAGUAAGACAUGUCCAAUCAAAUUAUUUUUUUAUUGUUUGACAUUAUGAAUAUUAAUCAUGAAUUUGAUUAUAGUUUGAUUAUAAUAUGAUUAUAUACCAGAAUUACAAUCAUUUAAUCGUU